CCUAUCACUACGAUAUAAAAUAAAUGUAGUGUGACAUUUGGUAGCUUCUAAGAUAGAGUCACAGCGUGCUUUUGGGUCUCAGUGGGUGGCUAUCGAACUGCGAGCUCUGCCCAAUUCAGGGUAUAAAAGCGCAAUGCUUGCAGCCAGAAGUCAACUCACAAUGUUGUCACUACAGUUGGUGGUAAUUGGUGCGCUGCAGUGCAGCGUUAUUGUCUUGGGUGGCGUCUGUUUGAUACCACAACCUGUAAUGCGACAGCGUUCGCUAGUCAAUGACUUGUGGAAGUUGCAGCCGCGUCUCGAUGGACGCAUUGUGGGUGGCGAACGGAUAAACAUCACGGAUGCACCUCAUCAGAUAUCCUUGCAGACAUCGAGUCACAUUUGUGGAGGCUCGCUGAUAUCUGAGGAAUGGAUUUUGACGGCGGCACACUGCACUUAUGGUCAAAAAGCCGAUCGACUGCGUGUAAGAUUGGGAAGCUCCGAGUACUCGCGAAGUGGCAAACUGUUGCGCCUCCAGAAGAUUGUGCAACACGAAAAGUUCAACUUUACCAAUGUGGAUUAUGAUUUCUCGCUGCUGCAGUUGCAACAUCCAAUCGAGUUUGAUGAGACUAAAAAGGCCAUCAAGUUGCCAGAGGAGGAGCAAAUGUUUAUGGACGGCGAUCCUUGUUAUGUCACCGGUUGGGGCAAUACACAGAAUCUGCUAGAGUCUCGUGAGUGGUUGCGUCGCGUCCAAGUGCCGUUGGUGAAUCAGGAUGUCUGCAGCGAUAAGUACAAGCAAUUCGGCGGCGUUACGGAGCGCAUGAUCUGUGCUGGUUACAUGGAGGGUGGCAAGGAUGCCUGUCAGGGUGAUUCAGGUGGUCCCAUGGUGAAUGAGGCGGGUGUGCUAGUGGGCGUGGUGUCAUGGGGCUAUGGCUGCGCCAAGCCUAAUUACCCCGGCGUGUAUUCGAGAGUGGCGCAAGCACGUGACUGGAUUAAAGAACACAGCGGCGUCUAAUUGUGGCGAUUGUUCAAAUAAAUGCAUUACACUAUUUUAUGAAAAUAACCAACUACAACUUUGCCCUUUUUUUACCCCACACCCUGCUCUAACGUUUUGCACAUGCGCUGCCAACACGCAGACAACCAAAACACGCAACAUCCUCGAGCUGAGCACAUUAUGGCAACGCAUGCCGCAUGCCGCAUCCGCGUCGCAUUUUAUUGCCCGUCUUAAUCGUUAGGCAGGAGUCUUCCUUUUGUGUCGUACUUGU